UAAUCUAGUCAGGAUGGCAGCUAUCAUGAAAUUCGUUGCACUUCUAGCACUCGUGGCGGUCAUCCAUGCUAAUCCCGUGGCCAAGAAGAGGUCAAUUUCGAAUCUGAUCGACGUUGUUGAGGAAUACAAACUGCUUUUCAAUGACCUGAGCCAUGAAAAGGAUCAACUGCUGCAGUUUGCACGUGUUUCCCUGUUUGCCACGUAUAGUCUCAUGAACCAAGACCUUCUGAAGGAUUUGGGCCAUACCCGAAAUGCCAUCGAGUUCGGCUUCGACGAGUUGAUCGGGGACAUUGCUGAGGAAAUCACAGAAGGAGGCAACGAAGAAUGCCUGCUGAAUCUGACUGCCCAAAUCCGACGUGAACAAGUCGAAUUGGCUGAAACGAUGGGCGUUUGCUCAGCUCUCACCGGUUCAGCUAAGGAUGAUCUGUCCUAUUCGUUCUACGAAUUCAUCGAUCUUCUCCAGCGUUUGUCGACCGCACUGAGCGAAUACGUUCUCUGGUCGUUUGCUGUUGAAAAUUCCGUCACCCAUGCAGAUCGGCAAGCGGAAAACAUUCGCCAAAUGUACGAAGAUUCGGUUGAAAUGUGGGACGAGGUGGUGCUGCCCUUGAUCCAGUUCGAGAUCAAUGCCAUGGAGUACAACAGGCCGAUCAUUGUGGCCAAUAACAAGGACUGUCUGGAUAUACUGAUUGAGAAGGUUGACUUGUUGAAUGAGGAAUUGCGGGAGCAGCUCGGCAGCUGCAGUGCGAUAAGAGCCUAAAUUUGAUAGUUAAAUAAAGAAUAUCAUACAACUUACAACAA